UAUUUAUUUGGCUACAAGAUUACACAAAUUUCAAAUUUCACUUUCUAUUCAUUUGAACCGCGAAUAACCUGGAAUUACGCAUCACAAGUGCAAGAGAAAUAUAUACGUAUUUCAAUCUUAAUUUCAUAAAAAAUGAAACCGAACGUGAUAAGUAUAAUAACAUUUGCUGUAAUACGUGGGCUUCAAUCGCAGGGAAUGACUGCCACCAGUUUGGGUCCAUGUCCCCCAUUACCAGAUUUCCCCCCAACUUCCACCUAUACCUUACGACCCUUCAAAACCUACGCGUCCGACGUGGUCAUCCCAUUCUGCUAUUUUUCUUCUCCACGGGAUACUCCUGAAGUUUUAAGUCUCGCCAACUGGGCGAAGAAUGCGGGUUAUCGGGUCCGUGGCGUGGGCCGGAUGCACAGUUGGAGUCCCAUCACCCUCUCGAAAUACGAGCCAGGCAACAUUUGUCCCAAAUUUCUCCUAGUCGACACCACCAAAUAUUUAACCGACAUAAAAGUCACGACUGAUUUUAACACGUCCCUCCACAGCGUCACUCUUGGCCCAGGGGUCACAUUGGGACGCCUCUUAAAAACCUUGGAAUCCCAUCAACUCGGACUUUUCUCCUGUCCCGCGCACGAUGACCUUACCGUCGGCGGAAUGCUGGCCGUUGGGGCGCACGGAUCCGGCAUAAAGACAGCCACCCACCCCAAAUCUUUGGGCCAUGCAUACGGAACAUUUAGCAACCUCGUCCUCGAGAUGGACGUCAUCGCGUGGGACAACCAUACUCGAAAAUACGUCGUCAAAACUCUACCAAGAUCGCAUCCCGACACGAAAGCUUUCCUCGUCAAUUUGGGGAGAACUUUUGUAACCAGGGUGAAAAUACGAGUUGGUGCAGAUCAGAUGUUAAGAUCGCAAACUUUUUUCACAACUGUUCGCCAAUUAUUUGGCACUGUGAGAGAUGACGAUAAACCAAAUUUGGCCGACUUUUUGGACUUGUAUGGACGAAUACAUGCUUUCAGCUUGGGAACAGGGGGUGACUCAAAUGCAUUUCUGUUUGCGUGGCAUUCCGAACCAGAAAAGCAGACCACGUCAAAAUUCAAAGAUACACCGUAUAAUUACCAUUUCGACAAUUAUCCCCCAGUUUUUAAUACAAUUUUGAGGUUGGUGCUCACCAGGGUUCCGCACAUUUGGGAGUUUCUUUCUCGUCUAGUAUUUCGUGUAGUUGUUGUUGUCUCGUAUCUCAAUGGAUCCCGGGAUUAUUGGGGUUUGUCAAAAAACCAUUUUUUAUACGUUCCAAAGAAUUCGCCAAUCUUGAGGGCAAAUUCCUUCGUGGUGGUCACAUCCCGCCAAAAUUUUCAAACAGUUGUCUCAAUAAUAAGGAAAGAUUAUGACGAUUUGGCCUCGGAAUGGCAUGUCCGGGGAGAAUAUCCGAAUGCGGGCACGUUCGAUAUUAGAGUCUCGGGGGUAGAAGAUCCCGAAAAUAUUUUGGCAGAAGGGGCAGAUGCAGAACCACCCAUUUUUUCACCGGCAAAACUAGUGCCAAGUCAUCCCGAGUAUGAUAUCGUGAUUUGGUUCGAAUUUGCCACGUUUCCUGAGACGAGAAAAGCUCAGGAAUUUCUGGCGAGUUUGCAGUCGCGUUUAUAUCGUGAUAUUCAUCAGGUCCAUGGCGUAUUGAGGGCAGAGUGGGCGAAGGGGUGGGCUCACACGGGGGAACAGGCGUGGGAUAAUAGGACAAUUUUUAACACCUUUCCCUACGUAUUUUCGUCUUCGAAAGAACUAUCAGAGUGGAAUUUAGGAGUCGAGAUUCUAGAGAGGUAUGAUCCUUGGAGGGUUUUUGGGAAUGGACUUUUAGAUAGAAUACUUAUCGAGGCAUAG